CUUUUCUUUUUAUUGCUCUGUGGUUGCUUUUCGAAAAAUCUGCUUCUUGCGUACGCUGCCGCUGUCAUGACAUAAAGCUGAUUAGCCAGAUUUGAUCUCCAUGAAUCCCGGUUGACCGCGCCGAAAGUGCCAAAGUAGUGGUCGGACUCUCGGUGGUUCGGCGAUGGAGCAGCGCUCCAAGAUGGUCUGACUUCUUCGCCCCGAUAUCCGGUGACCAUUAGCCCAAUUUUAAUAACCUAGGGUUCAACAACGUCGAAUGGAAGGCUCCGAUUCAUUAUCUCCGGCCAUUCUCGGUGGGCGAGUUUUCUUGCGUUAAACGUGCGAUGGUUGAGCAAGAAAUAGACCAGUGUUUUGUAUAUGAAGUGGAGAUUGGAGAAAAAAACUCAGAAAACUUAUGAUGUAAAUAUGGAUUCUAACCCAACUGGAGUUGUUGCUAGCACAUCUGACGUACACGAGCUUCCCAUGGAAAUGAAUGAGAUGAAAAUUAGAGAGGAUAAAACUGAUGACCAUGAGGAUACAACUAAGAUAUUCCGAGCUUUGAAUUAUAUGCUUAGAGUUAUUGGCAUUUUUCAUCGGGACACUAAACUCUGGAAUCUUCUGGUAUGGUUGUUGUUUUAUUUUGAUGAAUUAAUGGAUAUGGUCGCUUCAAAUUUAGCCCCCAUCAGCGUCAACUUCUUAACACAGGCUGCAAAAGUAAUUUUUGCUAUUGUGAUGCUUAUAUUUCAGUUGCGGCAUUGCCUUCAUCUUUAUUUUUAUGUCUCAGUGAUUGAGGAGAUGUCGACAGUGGCCAGAUUCUUCAACCAAAGGGACCAGACAUUGCUCAAGCUUUGAACUUGUGUCCGUGGGUAACCCUUUCUGUUGUGGCAAGGAGACUACAAGUACAAUUUGUAAUCUUCUGAAUACGUGUAUUAUUAGUGAGUUUUGUUAAGUUUAUCAAUAAUUUUGAGCUUGUUUAUUUCAUCCACUGGUAACGUGAGCUCACAUUCUUAGGGACACAUUUUAAGUCUUCUCCCCUUCUUGUCCUUUCGAAAAUAUUUGGCUAAGGUACUGUGCUCUUAUGUAUAAUUCAAAUUUUUAGUUAGUUUUAAGGUACGAGUACAUAUAAUUUUUACAGUUUCUUAGCUAUGAAUGAAAGAGCUAGAAUAAUUAUGAAUGCUUUGGUUCUAACUGUUAGACGAAGAAUUAUUGUCAAUAUUUGGAUU